UCAAAAGAAUUGCAAAAGACAUUCUAUGUUUCUUAUCGAUAUUUAGUAGUUCGUAUUGGGCAAUAACGACAAGUUGAAAAGAAAACGAAAUGCACAACAGGAAAAUUUCAAGUGUAGCGAAAACGUUUCAGGGAAAAACGGUACUUCUGACAGGGGCGACAGGGUUUCUGGGAAAAUUGGUACUGGAAAAACUUUUACGAACUUGUCCAAAAAUUAAAAGAAUAUACAUCAUAGUGAGAGCUAAAAAGGGAAAAGACCAUAUACAAAGGAGAAAUGAUGUAUUGGAAAAUGUAAUUUUUGAACCCCUUAAAAGAAAUACAAUUGAAAUUUUUGAAGAAAAAGUAGAAGUAAUCGCUGGAGAUCUCGCCGUUUCUCAAUUGGGGAUAUCCCCAGCUGAUCAAAAGAAGAUAUUGGAAGAAACGAAUUUUGUGUUCCAUAUCGCAGCGACAGUAAAUUUCGAUGAGAAGAUAAAGAAGGCGGUCGAAAUCAACAUUAAAGGUACUAGAGACAUUUUGAAAUUGGCAAAACAGAUGAAAUGUUUGCAGGGGUUUGUUUAUAUUUCAACUGCGUAUUCUAAUUGCCCGCGACAUGAAAUUGAGGAAAAGUUUUAUGAUCCGCCGUAUGAAGUGGAUAAAAUUAUAAACAUCGUGGAUUCAUUGGACGAUGAUCUCCUGCAAUAUCUAACGCCAAAGAUGUUGAAGGAUUGGCCGAACACAUAUGUGUUUACAAAAUCCAUUGCCGAACACGUUGUAAAAACCGAAUCAGAUGGGUUGCCUUUAUGCAUUGUACGACCCUCUAUAGUGAUGUCCACGUAUCAAGAGCCGUUAUCAGGCUGGGCUGGCAAUGUAUUCGGGGCAAUCGGGGCUGUAGCCGCAGGAAAUGUCGGUUUAAUAAGGACGAUGUGGGUGAAGCGUUAUAAAAUUGCAGACAUAGUUCCUGCCGAUUUUGUUGUAAAUUGUAUUAUCUCUGCUGCAUGGGACAUUUCGAACGAUAGGGAAAGUUGCGUCGCCGAGCCAGCGAUGAGUUUAGAAUCCAAAGAGAAGACAACAAAAAUUUAUAAUUACGUGUCCGGACCCGAAAACUCAAUAACUUGGGGGAAAACAUACGAGUAUACAAAAGAAUCGGGCAAAACAGUACCGUCGAAAGCGUGCCUGUGGUAUCACUUCUUUGUGCCCGCCUCUACCGAACGAAUGUACAAAGUCUACAUGAUCUUUUUGCAUAUAAUUCCGGCAUACAUUGUGGAUUUUAUUGCGAAACAGUCUGGGCGAAAACCACAGUGGGUAUACACUUCAGUAUAAUCGACACAGAAUCGUUAAUCGUAAGACUGGUUGGGCCCCGCACUCUCCCUCUAUCUUAUCCUGAGCUAAUCCUGGAAUUUCCUUCAAACAGGAACAUCCUCAACUAUUUUAUGUAAACACUAAUCGAAUCUAGGUCUACAUAUAUCACUCUUCCAUUUCUGUAUCUCAUUCCUACAUUUUAAGUAUAAUUAACAUUUUGUCCUAUUUAACAUUGGUCUUCCCCUAAUAGUUUUUCCGCUCUUUUUCCACCGAGGCUUUCCCCGUCUCGUAAAUGUGGUUAAGUAUUCUAUCCUCUUGAUGUUUUAAGAUUUCCGCGUGUAUCCCAUCCAUAUCUGUUACCUUAUUAUUUUUUAUUUUUUUUCUCUCUCCCUUGUUAUGGAUUAGUGCCAUUUCCACUUGCACCCCGUACGUUAUCUUCCCUUAUACAUUUUACUAUUUGUCUUUUAACAAACAAUGCUUAUACCUAUUAGUUAUUUCAUCAU